AUGCAAGUCCUUCAUCCACAUAAUUUUGAUUUUGACACUCUUAUUGACCAACUUCGUCCUGAAUUACCUCAGUCAAAUUUAAUUGAUCUCAACAAUCUCAUUUCUAUUGACACUCAUUUCCCUCUUGUCUUUUCCUCUGUUUUAACAAAACGUUUGAACCUCCACAUCCAAAAAUGUCCUUCCUGCAUUGAUGACCUUAAUACUCUAAAGUGUCUACGUUCAACUAAAACAAUUAAUCUGCGUGGAAAAUACAAUACUUGGUUGCAACAAAUAAACAAGGACCAUAAUCUUAAUCUUAAAGAAGAAUCUGGAGAAUCUGGAGAAAUUUUGGUUGAAAGUCAAAGUGAUGGAACAAUACCAAAAGAAGAACAGAUUUUACCAACAAUUAGUCAAAACAAAGAAAUUAAUAUUAAAGUUAAUAAAUCAACAACACCAUCUAUCAUAGAAAAUAAAGAAAUUAAUACAAAAGAAGAAGAAGAUAAUAAUAAUACAAAAGAAGAAGAUAAAAAAGAAAUUAAUACAAAAGAAGAAGAAGAUAAUAAUAAUAAAGAAGAAGAAGAAGAAGAUAAAAAAGAAGAAUUAAUUAGAAAUAUUCAAAACUAUUAUGGAGAAGAAAGUAAAAUUAAGAAUUAUAUAAGAGCAAAUGAAAUAGAAAAAGGAAGAAAAAAAGUAGAAUUAGGAAAAGAAAUAGAAGAAGAAAUAGCACUAAUAAUUGGAGGGAUUAGUGAUGAUGUAAAACAAAUAGAAAUCAUUUCAAGAGAAAUAAUAGAAAUAUGUAAGAAAGAAAAAGAAAAAAGAGAAGGAAUUAUUAUGAAAAUCAUCGAAAAUAUGAUAAGGAAUGAAGUUGUUGUAACAACAAAUCCAAACAGAAUUCAUGUAUAUGGAGAAAUAAUAGGAAAUAUAUGUUUUCAAUGGAAAGAAUAUAGAGAAAAAAUUAUAAUAAAAUUAAGAAGUAUAACACCUAUUUUUAAUUCAAUUUAUCCAAAAACAAAAAAUAAAGAAGAAUAUGAAAUGAUAAUGAAAUAUAAAAACAAAGAAACCGAUGAAAAAUAUUUUAAUAGAAUAAGACAUACUUUUAAAAUAUUAACUGGGAUUUUAAUGAGUGAAGCAGGAGAUCAAACAAUAUUACUUGAUAUUGUAAUGAAUGGAAUUUAUAUGCAAUAUGAUAAUAAAGAAAUUUGUUUAGGAACUGUUGGAGAUUUAAUUGGAAGUAUGGUUGAAAUUAUGCUUGAUGAAUCUGGUGAUCAAUUGAAAAAUACACCACACAUGUCUCAUAUUAUUCAAACUAUUAAAGAAUAUUUACCUAUCGCUCAAUCUCAUUGGGAUGGAAAAGGUCCUCAAGCUGAUUACGUCAUGAGAAAAAUUAAAGUCCAACUCACCCGCUAUGAGAAAAACUUACCUUUCAACAAGAAAGUCCUUGACUAUCAAAAUGAACUUAUUACUUAUAAAAAACAAAUGGGUUUAGAAACUCGGGUUUGGCAAAACACUACUAAAAUUAACUUAGUUGAAUCUAAUGACACUCUCUUUAAACAAGAAAGUAUUAAACAAGAAAGUAUUAAAGAAGAUAAUAAUAAAGAAGACAUUAAAGAGGAAAAUACUAAAGAGGAGAAUAGCAAAAUCAUUAAUAAAGAAGAUAAUAAAGAAGAAAAGAUUAAAGAUAACACCAAGAAAUAUGACAAUAAAGAAGAGAAUAAAGACAAUGUUAAGAAAGAAGAAAGUGUUAAAGAAGAAAAGAUAGAAGAUAAUAACAAAGAAGAAAGUAAUAAAGAAGAAAAUAAAGAAAUAGAAAAUACAAAAGAGAACAAAGAAGAUGAUGAGAAGGACAAAGAAAAACAAAUAAAAGAACAGGAAGAAGAAAAGAAAAAAGAACUUGAAGAUGACCCAGAAGCUGAAGCUGAUAUUUAUUUUAAACCUAUUAUUGAAUUAAAAGAAAUUGAACAAGAAAAAAUGGAAGAAGAAAUUCUUUUCAAAGAACGAGGAAUUUGUGUUAGAUAUGAUUCAGAAAAUGAAGAAUUUAAAGAAAGAGGAAGAGGAGAAGUUGAAAUAUUAAAACAUCCUAAUACUCAAUUAUCACGUGUUAUUCUUAUUCGUGACCAAAUAUUUAAACUUGCAUGUAAUCAUUACAUUUUACCAUACAUUAAAAUUAAAGAAUUUCCAAAUAAUCAAAGGGCAGUUAUGUAUUCAGUUUAUGAAGAUUAUGCCCAAGAUGAACCAAAAAACAUUAUCACAUUUGGAAUAUGUUUUAACAAAGAAGAAAUUAAAGAAAAAUUUAUUAAAAUAUUUAAAGAAUUACAAGAAGAAACACAAAAUAUCAUUAACAAGAAAGAAGAAAAGAAAGAAGAAGAAAGAAAAGAAGAGAUAGAACAUAAACAAAAAGAAGAAAUAAAGAAAGAAGAAAUAAAAGAAGAAAGAAUAAAGAAAGAAGAAAUAAAAGAAGAAGAAAUAAAGAAAGAAGAAAUAAAAGAAGAAGAGAUAAAGAAAGAAAAUAUAGAAGAGAAAGGAGAGAGUGAAGAAAGAAAUAGAAAAAUAUUUAAUUAUCAAGAAUUUGACAUUUUUGGAGGUAAAAAUCCAUAUGAUAACAUGACAACACAAAAACAAGAAAACAAAAGAAAGAAAGGAAGUGAUAUAAUAAAAGAAGAAGAAAAUGAACAUAUAAAAGAAAAGAAAAGUGAAGAAGAAAAAGAAACUCAAGAAGAAAAGAAUAAAGAAAAUAGAGAAUUUAAAGCAUUUGAUUUUUCAAAUAUUCUUAAUAAAGAAACAGAUAAAAACACAUUAAUGAUAAACACACAAACAGAAACAACACACAAAAAAAUAGAAGAAACAAACAUAAUAAAUGGAUUAGAAAAUCAAGAAAAAUCUAACACAUUAAAUAUACAAGAAUAUGAUAACACACAACCCCAAAAUAACACUGAACAAAAAAUCAAAGAACCAUCAGAAAUCUAUACUUCAAAUCAUGAACAACUAACCCCUUUUAACCAAAAUGAAAAUCAAGAAAUUAUUAAAGAAGAAGAAAAGAAAAAAGAACUUGAAGAUGACCCAGAAGCUGAAGCUGAUAUUUAUUUUAAACCUAUUAUUGAAUUAAAAGAAAUUGAACAAGAAAAGAUGGAAGAAGACAUUCUUUUCAAAGAACGAGGAAUUUGUGUUAGAUAUGAUUCAGAAAAUGAAGAAUUUAAAGAAAGAGGAAGAGGAGAAGUUGAAAUAUUAAAACAUCCUAAUACUCAAUUAUCACGUGUUAUUCUUAUUCGUGAUCAAAUAUUUAAACUUGCAUGUAAUCAUUACAUUUUACCAUACAUUAAAAUUAAAGAAUUUCCAAAUAAUCAAAGAGCAGUUAUGUAUUCAGUUUAUGAAGAUUAUGCCCAAGAUGAACCAAAAAAUACUAUCACAUUUGGAAUAUGUUUUAACAAAGAAGAAAUUAAAGAAAAAUUUAUUAAAAUAUUUAAAGAAUUACAAGAAGAAACACAAAAUAUCAUUAACAAGAAAUAA